AUAGCAUAAUAAUAACUUGCCUAAUUUGUAUUAAACAACAGACAAAAUGCAAGGGGGUAGAAUCGAUUAGGUUACUCCGUGAAAGCUACCAUUUCCAGGUUCAUGUACAAUCCAUAUUUUUACCGUAAAAUUAAUUUAUCAGACAAAGUCCAAACACCCUUUUAAGAGUCACUCAAAGUUGGACUCGCACUAAUUCCACUGCCCGUUAAAACAAAAACUUGCCGGAAAACGCAGCCGGAGUUUUUUGCCGACAGCCAGAAACAUUGAACAAGUUCAGAAUUGGGAAGACAACUAGUUUUUAUGGCCAUUGCAUUGAAAUCAUCUUGCUUCUUGCAAUUGAACAAACCCGAUAGUGGUUUCCGGGUCAGUUUUUACUCUAAGAAACCUAUAAUUAUCUCAGUAAAAAGAUAUACUCCGGUGGCUGCUACUGCUAUCAGGACUAUGGAAACAGUUGGGCUCUCUGAAACAUUCGACAGGCUGAAGAAACAAGGAAAAGUGGCUUUUAUCCCAUACAUCACAGCUGGUGAUCCCGACCUUUCGACCACAGCAGAAGCACUGAAAGUGCUUGAUUCAUGUGGAUCUGACAUUAUUGAGUUGGGUGUUCCAUACUCUGAUCCUUUGGCAGAUGGUCCUGUUAUCCAGGCUGCUGCUACACGAUCUUUAGCUAGAGGGACCAAUUUUGAUUCAAUUAUUUCUAUGUUGAAAGAGGUUGUCCCUCAAUUAUCUACUCCAAUUGCACUGUUUACUUAUUACAAUCCAAUACUGAAGCGUGGUACAGGGAGAUUUAUGUCAACAAUAAGAGACACUGGCGUUCAUGGACUUGUAGUCCCCGAUGUUCCUCUGGAGGAGACAGAAACUUUAAGGGAAGAAGCUAAGAAGAGUGGAAUUGAACUGGUUCUCCUCACAACGCCCACCACUCCGACAAAGCGGAUGAAAGCCAUUGUGGAUGCUGCAGAAGGAUUUGUGUAUCUUGUGAGCUCUGUGGGGGUCACUGGAGCCCGAGCAUCAGUUAGUGGUAAAGUUCAGGCCCUUCUGCAGGAAAUCAAAGAGGCAACAACUAAGCCUGUGGCAGUUGGUUUUGGGAUAUCAACACCUGAGCAAGUGAAGCAGGUAGCAGGAUGGGGAGCUGAUGGUGUGAUUGUUGGCAGUGCUAUGGUGAAGGUGCUUGGUGAUGCCAAAUCUCCUCAAGAGGGAUUGAAAGAGCUGGAACAUUUCACCCGCUCCUUAAAGUCUGCACUUGAUUGAAAUCAUGUCUGGAAUAGCACAAACUUCUAGUAGUUCUUGUCUUCAUAGUUAAAGGAUUGAAUAAGGAUCUGUUAAUUUUUUUAUGCAAUCGUGAUAUAAAAUGGUCCAGUUUUUGUUCGUUUUCAAUUAAGACAAAAUAUUUUUAUGGUAGAUUCAUCUCCUUUCUCUGCUGAGCUGUGCCAACUGGUUCCCAUAAUCA